ACAGGUAUUCCGUUUGGUUUCUCAGGCAGCCCGGCCCCUUGUUGACUCGUCUCAAUUUCGUCUCUCUCUCUACUUCCGAUCUCGGAUCUCCGACCACCGACGAGGAUUCUGCGUUUUCCGGUGGCUUUGGUUUAGGUCUCCGACAGAUGAAAGGAAACGUCGAAGAUUUGGAUCCCAAAGAAGUGGACGAGCUCGGGGAACUCAAUUCUGGGAAGUUCUUGAUGAAGCUCGGAAACCCUAGCCCGGGAGAUUCUCCGGUUCGACAACGCCACUGCGUUGGAAACUUUUGCCAACAAAAUGUCAUUCAGAAAGAAGAACUGGGAAAUUCAAGUCAUGUAGAAGCUGAUGAUGUUGAAAGUGACUGUAUGUCUGAAGAUGCACCUACUGUUGUGGCAGAAGCUGAGGAUUCAAGGCAGAAUGGUGAAUUUCGGUGGGCAUUGGCAGACCAUGAAAAAGAAACAGAUGCAGGUCAAGUCAAUCAUGGAACUGGGAUUUUCUCUCUUCAGACAAGCUCAAAGAAUUUCUGUGGUGAUUCUGGUGAAACUUCUUCACCUAGCCGAUACCAGCUAAACUCACGCUUUUCCGAUUCUUCGCCCAAUGAGGACCAAUUUGAUACCAUGUCAGCUAGUGAUGAAAGCUUGAGUGAUCGUUCUGCACAGAGCCUGGCCUCUGAUUCAGAAUAUAUGCUCAAAAAUUUGAGAGCUGAACAUUAUUUCGAUGAUAUGGAUACGAUUGACAUAAACGCGGCGGUGCUCAUGUUCCCAGAAUAUGUUAAGGAUAGGCCUUCUGCUGCAUCUUUGGUAAUCUUUUCAUGCAACAGUGUCAUUGUCAAGGGUUAUCCUGUAAAUAAUGAGGAAGGGCCAUAUUCAUAUGAUUGGAGAGUUGAAGACAUUGUAAAUAUCGAAGACAAUUGGUUCCAAAAUGUUGGAUUGGUCACUCUGAAAAUCCAAGUUCUAUUGAAUGAUGAAGAAUGUUAUGAGGAUCUGCAACACAGUACAGUUAUUAAGGAGUUGAGACUUGCGGCUGCAGAGUAUAAUUGGCCUGAGAAACAACAAAAGAUCAAUUCAUUGAAUGUGAAAUACCGUUCUGUCUGGAAUGCAGAGCCCAACUGCAACAUGGAAGUAUCUGAGGAUCAUUUGUCUCACCGGAGGCAUUAUUUUCCAAGUUUUGAUGAAACUUUUGAGGAUGUCAUUUAUCCAAAGGGAGAUCCAGAUGCUGUUUCCAUUUGCAAAAGAGAUGUGGAUCUCUUGCAGCCAGAGACAUUUGUCAACGACACAAUCGUAGACUUCUAUAUUAAGUAUUUGAAGAAUCGGAUUCAACCCGAGGAAAUGCAUAGAUACCAUUUCUUCAACAGCUUUUUCUUUCGGAAGCUAGCUGAUCUCGACAAAGAUCCAUCAAGUAUAGCAGAUGGCAAGGCUGCUUUUCAACGUGUCCGUAAGUGGACAAGGAAGGUGGACAUAUUUGCGAAGGAUUUCAUCUUUAUUCCUGUAAACUUCAAUCUUCACUGGAGUUUAAUUGUCCUCUGUCACCCUGGUGAAGUCGCUCAUUAUGAAGAACUAGACUUGGAUAACUCCAGAAAGGUGCCAUGCAUAUUACAUAUGGAUUCUAUCAGAGGAAGUCAUGCAGGGCUUAAGAAUCUUGUCCAAAGUUACUUGUGCGAGGAGUGGAAGGAGAGGCAUAAGGAGACACCGGAUGAUAUUUCUUCGAAGUUCUUGAAUUUGCGGUUUGUCUCACUUGAGUUGCCACAGCAGGAAAACUCAUUUGAUUGUGGCCUCUUUUUGCUGCACUAUCUGGAGCUUUUUCUUGCUGAAGCUCCACACGAUUUCAAUCUUUUCACAAUAUCAAGGGCUUCCAACUUUCUUUAUCUGAACUGGUUUCCUCCUGCCGAGGCUUCACUGAAGCGGACCCUGAUUCAGAAGCUGAUAUUUGAACUCCUUGAAAACCGUUCACCGGAAGCCAGUAGUGAACAGAACCAGUCCUUUGAUAGUCCAGUGGCUGAGGAGAACAAUAUGGGCGUCGAGGUUGUUUCAGUGAAUAUGAUGCAGUCCCAGGACGGUCAGGGGAUCGAAAUGACUUUGCUUGAAAGAUCUCCCACAAGGAACUUGGAUGGUGGUAAUGAAUCUGGCAUUGUCCUGAGGGAAUUGUUCGAUGCAGGAGCUGCUACAGGAUCAUUACUUGGACAACUACAAUCUUUCGAGGAACCAUCUUCGUUUUAUCAUCUUUGUGAUACUACAUUGUCAAGAGAGCAAGUGGACACAGAAGCUGGUGAGCAAUUCAUGUGCCUAAACUCCGGGGAGAGUAGCUUUCAGCGAUUCACCGAAACCGCUACUCCUAGAGGUUCUGGUGGUUUUGACACUGACACAUCCUGGAACCUGGGGAUGACGGUGCAAAGACAAGGUGAUGGUGAUUCAUCAUCUGAAACAUCCUCGACAAAAGGCUCCGACGAUUCAAACGAUAUUGGUAUCAUAGAAAACAUUACAUUGGAAAAUAUCGGCAACAUCCAUGGAAAGGAAACCAAUCCAAGCCCGGUUAGAGAUACAUUAUCUCCGUCCACACAGCCUGAGAUAUUUUCGUCAGCUGCGGAUUCUAACGGUGAUGAGCCUACAACUACUGAUAACGUAGAACCUGUGGUUCCAUCGAGUAAGGAUGAUGACAGAGAAGAUGAGACUCGAGAUGGGAAUAAUGACUUUGAAAUGGUGGAGCAACCAAGUGAUGAAACGGGAGAGGAUGGUGAUGAGGAGGAACCCAAGGAGCAACCUGCGAAAAGGCCACGGCUCACACCUCCGGACGAGAAUGAAGAGAUGGUAGCUUUGCCGAGGGAUCUCGGAUUGUGAUUAUAGAAAUGAUUGAAUCUUAAGAGCUCGGCUCAAAGGAGUCAUAUUCUGUCAGGGGUGUAUGUGUGUGGGGGGACAGAAGUAGAAGAAAGGAAGGUUGAGUAUAAGGAAUAGGAGGAGGUAGAAGAAUUAGAGAACCGUUAUUGUUUGAAGCCAAGUUAGGUAGAAAUGGGAUUUUUCUAUUACAUUUGUUUUGCAGCUGCG